UCCGCCUCCAUCGAGAACCUCAAAUCCUUCGAUCCCUUCGCAGAAGCCGAUGAGGAUACCGGAGAGACCAAGCAGUCCCAGAACUACAUCCAUAUACGGAUUCAGCAGCGCAAUGGUCGUAAGACACUGACCACAGUCCAAGGUCUGCCCAAAAAGUUCGACCAGAAGAAGAUUCUCAAAGUGAUCAAGAAGAAGUUCGCUUGCAAUGGCACGAUCGUCAAUGACACGGAGAUGGGCGAGGUGAUCCAGUUGCAGGGUGAUCAGCGCAAAGAUGUGCAGGAGUUUCUCGUAGACAAGAAGGAAGGUCUCGGACUGGAUGCCAAGACCAUCAAAGUCCACGGCUUUUAAGGCGCGCCUAUAAGGUGGUCUUCCGCCCGGCAUCGCAAGCCGUACAGCGACCUCGCGACAACCGAUCUCUUCAAACACAAAGAGCUCAAUCAUGCCCGUACGACCAUCGUACGACCACAACAUAAUGAUCAAACGAGGGCACGACUUGCGACAGCAGUCAUAUGACUGCGGGGCGAAGGCCAAGGUAGCCUAGAGGACGGAUAUUCUACGAUCAGCGAUUUCUUAUGAUGGUUCAGCAUCGAUACAUGCGUGCUUUACGUGAUUCCGGCGGCAAACCCACGGCUCAUUUGGCGGCAAUGGAGAGCUACAGAGCGGCUAUUGGGUGGCUGCAGAGGAUUCUGCCAGCGGUGACGGAUAAGCUUCCCGUAGGACCUAGCAGAUAUAGACGGCGUAAAUGUCGCUGUGAACUUGUUGUGCCUACACUCAUUCGCGUACGCCCCAUUGAUUCGCG